CCAAUCUCCUCUGUGUUGAUCUUUGAUUAGGUUUUUUUAGUAGUAUUACAUAAUAUGGCUGCAUCAGCUUCCAUGCAAUCACUUCUAGCUAACUCAGUGGUUUAUGGAGCUGGAAAGAGCAGAUCAGCGAGAGUCAUCCACCUUGUUCCUGCUAAUAGGUACCGCCACAUGGUCGUACGCUCCAUGGCCGAGAAUGGUCAGGAGGAGCAAUCGUCUUCUACAAUACCAGAGGCAUCCAAAACCCCACCACCACCUCGUACACCUACUCCUUCUCCUCCUCCUCCCAAGAAGGUUAGCACUAAGUUUUCAGAUGUGUUUGCAUUCAGUGGGCCAGCUCCGGAGAGAAUCAACGGCAGACUUGCAAUGGUAGGGUUUGUUUCAGCUCUGGCAGUGGAACUGUCCAAGGGCCAGGAUGUGUUUACUCAGAUCUCCGAUGGUGGAGUUUCGUUGUUCCUUGCCACUAGUAUCUUGCUCUCAGUCGCAUCCGUGAUUCCUCUUUUCAAAGGAGUCAGCGUGGAGUCGAAAUCAAACGGGAUCAUGACGUCUGAUGCCGAGCUCUGGAAUGGAAGGUUGGCUAUGUUAGGUUUGGUUGCUUUGGCCUUCACCGAGUAUGUGAAGGGAGGGACUCUUGUUUGAUCAGGUCCUAAUUAAUACGGGUGUUAUGUAACUUAAUUAUUCCUUGGAAUAGCUUUCCGCAUAUGUAAUUAGUGUUUACCAAUUUUUAUAAGAAUGUCAAAUUUUCAA